CUCAACCGACUGACUCAUACACAACCCAAGGCAUCGCAAGGCAACACACACACACACACACACACACACAGAGGAGAAGAGAUGGGGAGGGCGCCGUGCUGUGACAAGGCGACGGUGAAGAGGGGGCCAUGGUCACCGGAGGAGGAUGCGAUGCUCAAGGCCUACAUUGAGGAGCGUGGCACCGGCAACAACUGGAUUGCACUGCCACACAAGAUUGGGCUGAAGAGAUGCGGCAAGAGCUGCAGGCUGAGGUGGCUGAACUACCUGAGGCCUAACAUAAAGCACGGGGACUUCACCCCAGAGGAGGACAGCACCAUCUGCAAGCUCUACAUUAGCAUCGGAAGCAGGUGGUCAAUCAUCGCCGCACAGCUGCCAGGAAGGACCGACAACGACGUCAAGAACUACUGGAACACCAAGCUCAAGAAGAGGCUCCUCGGCGGCCGCCGCAAGGACCGCGGCACAGGCACGCAGCAACACCGCCAGGGCGAGCUGGACGGCGCAAACAACGACGGCGAGCAGCAGCCGCUGAGCGCGUCGGCCAUGGAGAGGAUCCAGCUCUGCAUGCAGCUGCAGGAAAUGCAGAACCCCCUCAGCAGCAUCAGCAACCCCUUGCACCUGUGGCAGCCUAGCAGCCAUCAUCAGAUGGCCGCCACGGCCCACAGCAACAGCAACAGCAGCCGCAGCAGCAGCUUCGAUGUAACAGUAGCUGCUGAGCAGGGACAGUCCAGCUCUCUGAACGAUCAGCACCUCGGCGGACAGCAGCAGCUUGAGACGAGAGCCACCGCGGACGGCCUGGCCUCGCCGUCGAGCGCGGGCAACUCCAACAUCGUAACCAUCGAAGCCGAGCUUCAGGAACUUAUCUACAGCGCGGCGGCGACGACGACCGUCACGCAGCAAGGGGACGUGGACUGGUGGAGCUAUGACCAGGGCAAGUCCCCUGUGAACUGCUGGGACUUCACCCCUGAAACCAGCUCGGUUCUUCAGGACUACGCAGCUGAGGUGUAUGACAUGUGAAGAGGACCAAGUUAUUUAGGGGUGGUAACUAAUAGGGAUUUGUCUAGGCUUGGAUCUUGUAAAAGUCCAAAAGAAACUGUAAUCAACUUCUUGUAAGAAAUAUGUAGUAGUAAGCUGUAAGGCAUAAUAAAUAAAUAAAGCUA